AUGGCACGGGACGUCGGGUCUAUGGGUCGCUUUGCGACGCAGCUCUUUGCCCCGUCCGAGCCGCAGGGAGGUAACCGGCUAGCGACUAUCGCGGCCGCGGCCCGGCGACAGAGCCUGUCACCCGACAGCAAUGGCCUCAAGACGAAGAAAGUCCAGCCCGUCAACUUUUCCCGCUUUCGCGCACUCGAGAGCCGCGUCGGCGAGUGGCGCAUGGACAGCUCGUUUCGCCAGCACAACGUCCUCAUGUUGAUCAAUGCCAUGUUUGGGCUUGCGCUCGCGAUCGCCGAGCUCGAGCUCUCUUGGGAGGGCCCGCAUGACGCGCCGUCCCACGAGGCGGUUGGCGAGUCGCUCCGCAGUACGAUUCUCAAAGCCAUCAUCUCGCUCUCGACGCUACUCUUACUAUGGCAGCUCGUGCGGCUGCAUCAAAUGAUGUCGCUCGAGAAGAAGCUCGUGUGGGGCGAAGCCUUCAAGAUGCGAUACUGGACAACCGAAAUGACACUCCGCGCCUUCUCCGAAGGGCUUUUACUGGCCGUCCACCCCCCGCCGUAUACGAGCCACGAGGUGCUCGAAGCCGGCGCGAUCUUUAUGCUGCUCCGCUUCUACCUCGUCGUCCGCGUCGUCCGCGACCACUCGAUGGUCUACCGCAAGCGCAAGGACAUCGUCGAGCAACACUUCAAGGCGACGCCGGCGCCGCGCUUCAACUGGUGGCUCACGACACAAAUCGUGUUCCAGCACACCCCGGGCGCGACCCUCCUGGCCUUCACGGCCUGGUGCAUUGCCGCCUUCGGGCUCGCGACGUACUUUAGCGAGCGGGACGCCAACCCCGAGACGUUUACGCUCGUCAAUUCGACGUGGUAUGCGUACACGGCCUUUCUCACCCUCGAUUUUGAAGAGUACAUUGUGUCCACCGACACCGCGCGCGUCAUCACGUGUCUUCUCAUCCUCGCGGGUAUUGUGCUCAAUACGCUCGUGGUCGUUGCGAUUCUAGACAACAUUUCGCUCGAUGCCAAAGGCAAGAUUGCCCUUGCGUUCGUCUACCGGGCGGAGGCCCACGACGCAAUCCGGGCCGCGGCCGGUGCGUUUAUUGUGACGUGGCUGCGCUGGAAGCGGGCGCAGCGAACGCUCUUGACCGCCGCCGAGUGGCGCAGCCACCUCCUCAAGGUCACGCGCGCGCUCGACGCCAUGCGCAUUGCGCGCUACAAGAAAAAACUCACUGAGCAGAGCCUCGGCGACCCGGUGCUCGACAAGCUCCAGAGCCUCGACGCGUGGAUCCUCCAGAUCUGGGCCAAGCUCCACAUGGACGGCUUGGACCUUGCGAAGCGAGAGACGAGACCAGCACCGCGGCUGCAGACGUCGCGCAGCCUCAGUACCGUGCGCACACCGAUCGCCGCUCGCUCCCCGAGUGCCCCGAUCGACGAUCGUCUGCCGAGUGCGCCGGCGGCGGAGCGUCGGCCAGGUGUGCCGGCGGCGGUCGAGCGCACCGAAAUUGCGUGCCUUCGGCUCAGCCAAGAGCUAGUGCAACGGCAAAACGAAGACAUCCUGCGCACACUGCAAGACAUGUUGAGUCGUAACUAAGCUCCCACAUCGCGUUAUAUAUACCGCAACAACAUGUCACCACACGUCAUGGACGACGCGAAGGACAA